CCCGCGCCCGGACGGCCGGAGUCGAGCCCUCCCGCCCUGUGCCCGAACUUGCCUUAACUUCCUCGGCCGACCGGGCCGUCCCGCCGCCACUCCUGUAGCCACCGUUGCCUCCGCUGCCGCUGCCGCCGCGCCCGGCGAGGCCCUACCUCUCAGAAGAUGCACUAUUACAGAUACUCAAAUGCUGAGGUCAGCUGCUGGUACAAGUACCUCCUGUUCAGCUACAACAUCGUCUUCUGGUUGGCUGGAGUUGUCUUCCUCGGAGUCGGGCUGUGGGCAUGGAGCGAAAAGGGUGUGCUGUCUGACCUCACUCGAGUGACCCAGUUGCAUGGCAUUGACCCGGUGGUGCUGGUUCUGAUGGUGGGCGUGGUGAUGUUCACGCUGGGCUUUGCUGGCUGCGUAGGGGCUCUGCGGGAGAACAUCUGCCUGCUCAAGUUUUUUUGUGGUGCCAUCGUGCUCAUCUUCUUCCUGGAACUGGCGGGCGCUGUGCUAGCCUUCCUGUUUCAGGACUGGGUAAGGGACCGCUUCCGGGAAUUCUUCGAGAGCAACAUCAGAUCCUAUCGGGAUGACAUCGAUCUACAGAACCUCAUCGAUUCUCUGCAGAGGGCUAACCAUUGCUGUGGGGCUUACGGCCCUGAGGACUGGGACCUCAAUGUCUACUUCAACUGCAGCGGAGCCAGCUACAGCCGCGAGAAGUGUGGGGUGCCCUUCUCCUGCUGUGUGCCGGACCCUGCGCAAAAAGUUGUGAACACACAGUGUGGAUAUGACGUCAGGAUUCAGUUGAAGAGCAAGUGGGAUGAAUUCAUCUUUACAAAGGGCUGCAUCCCGGCUCUGGAGGGCUGGCUGCCGAGGAACAUCUACAUCGUGGCUGGCGUCUUCCUCGCCAUUUCGCUUUUGCAGAUUUUUGGUAUCUUUCUGGCGAGGACCCUGAUCUCAGACAUUGAGGCAGUGAAGGCGGGUCACCACUUCUGAGGAGCCCAGCCGCGUCAUGGAGGUCAAGCCUUCACUGUAGCCAGCCUGUGCUAGCAGCGGAGGUUGCUAGUGCUGUCUUCGGCAGCAGCAUGAGUGACCUCUGUGCUCCUGCUUGCUGGUGCUGAAGACCCAGGACCUCUGCAACAGGCCUGAAAUCCAGAUCGCAACCCGGCUCCACCCAUUAGAUUAUGUGUCUUCCUAUGUGGUAGUGACACUGAGGGACCGACGUCGGGACUCCCAUGGCUGCACAGAAGGCUUCACUCAGCACCCUGGAGCCCAAGGGCAUCUGCGGGUGCCCCUCCUUACACCACUUCCUGAGCUCACAGGCAGCCACAUCUUUGGAGGGUGGACUGGGGCCAAGCAAGCGAGAACGGGUUCCCCUGUCAGGUCCAGUGGCUUGGGGCCUGCCCUGCUUCAAGGUCAGGUGUUGGGGUAGGGGUUCCCAGUCCCAUGAAGUGAGCCUGGGCCGGGCAUGACUAGGGCCCGGCAGGCCCUGCAUGAGGGAGGUGAGAGCGGCCUCUGUGUCCACAGCAUUAAGCCCAGGGCAUCAGGCGGGCUGGAGUCUGGCCCUUCUGGGAGCUGGCUUUCCCAUUGCUAGUGUACAUAGUUUAUUUAUAGCAGUAAGAGUGCCCUCACAGCAGGCCGGCCUUCCUCCUGCUUUCCUCGGGCAUCUUCCUCUCAGCAGCCUUACACGGUGUCCGUGGAGUGUCUUAGAGCCACCUAUACACCCUCUCUAGACCACGCUGUCGCCUUCCUCCAUGACCCCACGCCCUCCACCGCCCCUGUUGGCCUCACUGUUUCCUGGUCUUGGUGCUACUGAAACUGUCACCCAGAACUUGAAUCCCAGCCCUCCCUCUCCUGGUGCCCCAGGGAGCUCCAGCCCCAAGGCCUGUGGAAACCCUCUGCAGACCUCACAGCCACACUGGAGCUGGUGCCUGUUAUGCACUGUCUGGGAGAAGGACAUUGCCCUAGCUAGGGCCAGGCCACUAUUGCUGGGAAGCUUGGGGUGUUGCAUUCCUAAAUGUUGUGGUGAAUCCCUGCCAGUUAGCUGGUCUCUGUCGUUCCUUCCUGUCCUGGCCACUUGGGGCUCACUUUGGAUACAGUGCCCCAGGCAUGGCCACAGGCAUCCUCAUCCUUGGCUGGGCUCCAUGCUUUCCCAGUCUGCCCUCCCGGGUGGGGGGCCAAGUCACUGGCCACAAUUACACACUCAUGUGGUGCAUACUCAUGACGCUGAGGGUGUUUCUUGAUGAUGAUGAUGAUGGCAUUGUAAUUUUUGUUUUCUUUUUUUGUUGUUUUUGUUUUUAACAGUUCUCUGUAGACUAGAGGAAGAAGAAUGCUUGUGUUUUUAGAAAAGUGUGCAGCUUCUCUCUGACUGCCAGACUUUUAUGGAAUAUAUCUUUAUAUUAACACUG